AUGGAGGCGAUCUUCUGCAAGUCGAACGAACGCAAUAAAGCCUCCGGGAGAGAGAAACCGGCUGUCGGUAAAAGGCUCGGAACAAUUUUCUCCGUCGUCUCUUCGCUCCCUGCAAUCUCUCGCUCUGCUCUUGGCAAUGGCGCUUCUCUUUUGCGCGCUUUGCAAUGGCCAUUUAAUAAUUUCUUUUCUUUUUAUUGUUGUCUCUGCAGAGCGUACUGUUUGUUGCAUUACGAAUUUUUACAAUAAGAAAAAUUAUUUUAAUUCUGUUGCAGGUACGCCGAAUAUGGGCGAUGGCAGUGACAAUGUCAGGGUAGUUGUCAGAUGCCGGCCAUUAUCUGAACAAGAAGUUCGUGGGGGACAUCAGGCCACAGUCAAAGUGGAUAAAAUUGCCAAGACGAUCUCCGUCGAAAGUCAAAAUGUAAAUUAAAAAAUAUUAUUCGUAAGAGUUCCAUCUUCAGGAUUUUACGAAAACUUUUACAUUCGAUCAAGUAUUCGAUUGGAACUCGGACCAGAUAACCAUCUACAAUUCGGUGGCAAGGCCGAUAGUUGAGAAUGUUUUGAAAGGUUACAAUGGUAAGGGGUAUAAGUAAUUUGAAUAAAUUUAAAUAAAGGAACCAUUUUCGCUUACGGACAAACUGGAACAGGGAAGACAUACACAAUGUCUGGGGAGGAUGGGAAUCCGGAGGAACGGGGGAUCAUCCCCAACUCCUUCGCCCACAUCUUCGACCACAUCUCCAAGUGUAAUCAUGACAAAACGUGAGGAGAUUCAUAACAUUUAUAUUAAAAUCUUAGAUUUCUGGUUCGAGUCUCUUAUUUGGAAAUUUAUAACGAAGAAAUUCGAGACUUGUUGGCCAAGAACCAAGAUCAUCAUGGCCUGGAGGUGAAGGAAAGGCCGGACAUCGGGGUUUUCGUCAAAAACUUGUCCAAUGUCACCGUUUCCAGUGCUGAUCACAUGUUCAAGAUCAUGCAGUUUGGGAAUCUGAAUCGUCAUAUUGGAGCGACUAAUAUGAAUCAACAGAGCUCCCGGUCGCAUGCAUUAUUCACGGUGACUAUUGAGUGUUCGCAGAAUCUGAAUGGACAUCAGCAUCUGACUCAAGGAAAGCUCCACUUAGUGGAUUUGGCUGUAAGUUUCUCGUCUUUUUUUUUAUUUUGUUGUUCCUAGGGAAGUGAACGUCAAUCCAAAACUGGAGCCUCGGGAGAUCGACUGAAGGAGGCGUCUAAAAUUAACCUUUCUUUGUCAACGCUUGGCAAUGUCAUCAGUGCUCUUGUUGAUGCCAAAUCCACACAUAUCCCAUACCGAAACUCAAAAUUAACCAGGUUAUUGCAAGAUUCAUUAGGUGGAAAUUCCAAAACGGUGAUGAUAGCUAACAUCGGACCCGCUACCUACAAUUACGAUGAGACAAUCAGCACAUUAAGAUAUGCAAAUAGGGCCAAGAAUAUUAAGAAUGUGGCCAGAAUUAACGAAGAUCCGAAAGACGCCAUGCUCCGCAAAUUCCAACAAGAAAUCGAACAACUCAGAAAGCAAUUGGAGAAUGACGACGGUACGUCUCAAAAAGAAAAAUUAAUUUUUGUUUAGAAGGAUCAGACGACAGUGAAUUUGAAGACGAACAACCCUCAGAAGAGAGGAAAGGACAUUACGAAGAUCGAAUAAAACAUCUCGAAAGUGACAUAGCCGACAGAAGAAAGCAUCUGGAUGACGUUCGGAAUAUUGGGGACGAUGACAGAAGACGUCUGGCCACGGAUUUAUUGGCCAAAGAAAGGGAUCUCAACUCAAUAAGGCAGGAAUAUGAUACCCUACAACAAAAACUAGCUGCCAUUGAACGAAAACUAAUUAUUGGAGGCGAGAAUCUGCUUGAAAAGGCCGAGAAACAGGCACAAUUACUCGACCAGAGCAACAUGUUAGUAAAAAAUAUAGAUUUCUUUGGUUUAAUGCUAACAAAACUUUUAGAGAAUUGGAACAGGCUAGAGCAACAGAAAAUGACCUCAGAAAACGGUUGGAAGAUCGACAGGCGGAAAGAUUAGAUAUCGAGGAGAAGUACAACAGUCUGCAAGAGGAAGUUAUGGUCAAGAAUAAGAAAUUGAAAAGAGCUUUCAACCAUUAUCAUCAGGCCAAAGCAGAGCUCGAAGACAUCGAAACAGAGCACCAACGGGAAAUGGAGGGACUUUUGGAGAAUGUUCGGGAGCUCCAAAAAGAAUUAAAACUUUAUAUUGCACUCAUCGAAGCCUAUAUCCCCGAGCAAUUUGUGGAUCUGAUCGAGAAGUAUGUCUGUUGGAAUGAUGAGAAUGGAGAAUGGCAACUCAAAUGCAUAGCGUACACGGGUAACAACAUGAGAUCUGCUGCUCCAAUAAGCUCGUUCUCUCGGGUAAAUGAGCCCCAACUCAGACCAGUAUAUCUGUCUUACAACGACUUUGUGGACACCAAGGUUGAGGCCGCCAUCGAGAAUCCACGAUUUCGCCCCAAGUCCGCGAUGAAGUCAGUUUUCGUAUUUUCGAUUUACCGUAAUUUGAAUGCUUUCAGAGAUCGGCAAACCGCAAAAAUCAUGGCUUUACUGGAUUAA